GCCGCUUUCCGCUAAGCCAUCCUGGCUCAGCUCCUCGGCUUUAGGUUUUGUAGCUAUCUGUUGUUCCUCAAUUCACCACCCGGUUUUCUUCUGUUCAAUAGAGACAGAAUUUGUGAAGUUAGGGGUACAGGACGUGCAUCUCUAUUCUAUUAUCUCAUUUCAUAAUCAGAUAAUCAUUCCCAUAAUUCUUUAGAGUUUUCUUAUGACGGUCGUCUAGAAAGAUGACGGGACUUGCUAGACCACACGAUCGAAACACCCUCCAGUCACUACCGUCCAAUCAUUCCCAUCGCAGAAAUGUUUGGCACUUGUUGGCGCUGAGAGAGAUUUCGCCGAGAACAAAAUAUGUGCCGAGAAGGCAGUGGGGCGAAGCUUCUAGAUUGAGUGCUCGUGGGUCCAGGAAUGAAUCAUUGAGAGACGUAAAGCACGGUCUUGUUUCAUGGGUUGAGGCUGGAUCAUUGCGGCACUUAUCAGCCAAGUAUUGCCCUUUGCUGCCUCCUCCUAGGUCAACUAUUGCUGCAGCAUUUAGUCCUGAUGGGAGAACACUUGCUUCUACGCAUGGUGACCACACUGUAAAGAUACUUGAUUGCCAAACUGGAAACUGCUUAAAGGUCUUAAGUGGUCAUCGGAGGACACCUUGGGUGGUUAGGUUCCACCCAUUGCGUCCUGAAAUACUUGCAAGUGGGAGCUUGGAUCAUGAAGUUCGCCUAUGGGAUGCAAACACAUCAGUGUGUAUAGUGUCUCGUGAUUUCUAUCGACCCAUUGCUUCCAUUGCUUUCCAUGCUGAAGGUGAACUUCUUGCUGUUGCAUCAGGCCACAAGCUGUACAUAUGGCCCUACAACAACAGAAUGGAAGAUUCCAAGCCAACAGUUGUGUUGAAGACAAGGCGCUCACUUCGAGCUGUACAUUUUCACCCACAUGCUGCGCCAUUUCUCUUGACUGCUGAGGUGAAUGAUCUUGACUCUUCAGAUUCCUCGAUGACAAGAGCAACAUCUCCGGGUUACUUGCGAUAUCCUCCACCUGCCGUUUUUGUGGCAAAUACUCAAUCUAGUGACCAUGUUAAUUUGAAUUCAAAACUUCCUCCCAUGUCCAUGCCUUUAUUGUUUGUGCCUUCUGUUUCUAUUGAUAAUUCAAGAAUGGAUAUGGAUUCGCAGCAUGCUAAUAGGCAUGUUGGCUCAAGAAACAUGCAAGUGGAGUCUUCUGCUGCUAAGCAUUUCCAGUUACAUGUAAAUGUUCCAGAACAGCAAGAUACUACAGUGUCUCCUAUGGAGACGUUUCCUGUGAGUCUUCCUGGAUCGUUUCCCAGUACAGAAGAACCUAUAAAUAAUUCUUUCCCUAAUGGGAUAGAAAGUGGUAUUUCUGACCACCAAGGGGAUGCCAUGGAUACCGAUGAAAUGCAGCCGGUAGAAGCAAGCCAAAGAGGUGACUCAAUUAACCUAGAUAAUCUUAGUGGUGCAACAAUGGGAAUGCCUGCACAUAUAUCCACUCGAUCAUCUAUCACUGAAUUUGGCCAAAUUCAGCGGUUUUUACCCAUUAGGGAUCCAUCUUGUUGGGAGCUUCCAUUUUUGCAAGGAUGGUUAAUGGGCCAAAGCCAAGCUGGUGUUCCCCCAGUGCUUCCUCUUAGUGGCAGCAGUCGUGAUCAUACAGCUCAAUAUGGGGGUUCCACCUCAAUUCCUCAUCCGUCUACAUUUAAUGUUGAGGCCACGGUGGCUUCAUUAGCAGUUCCUGGAAGCAUGAACUUAUCUGCAGUUCGUGGUAGACCCAAACGAUAUCAUAUUCCACACACCCAGUUCUCUGGAUCUGUGUCUGGAGAAGCUGCGUCUUUCAGUAAUGCCUUACGUGAUGGUACUGAUCCUCAACCUAUCAUCAGUAGAAUUCAGUCUGAACUCGCCACGUCACUGGCUGCAGCUGCAGCUGCAGAGUUACCUUGUACUGUGAAGCUCAGAGUAUGGUCACAUGAUAUAAAAAAUCCUUGUUCUCCACUUAAUGGUGAAAAAUGCCACCUGACAAUACCACAUGCAGUCCUUUGUAGUGAAAUGGGUGCCCAUUUUUCACCUUGCGGGAGAUUUUUAGCUGCUUGUGUUGCUUGCAUGCUUCCUUACUCUGAAGCUGAUCCAGGGCUACAAACAUUUGUCCAUCAAGAACCUGGCACUACUGCAACAUCCCCAACUCGCCAUCCAAUCUCAGCACACCAAGUCAUGUAUGAGCUUCGUAUAUAUUCGCUCGAGGAGUCAACUUUUGGUUCAGUUCUUGUAUCACGAGCGAUCCGAGCUGCUCAUUGUUUGACUUCAAUCCAGUUUUCACCCACUUCUGAGCACAUAUUACUUGCUUAUGGUCGGCGUCAUGGUUCUCUUCUUAAAAGUAUUGUCAUCGAUGGGGAAACAUCAUCACCUAUUUACACUGUUCUUGAGGUUUACAGAGUUUCAGAUAUGGAACUUGUAAGAGUGCUUCCUAGUGCAGAGGAUGAGGUCAAUGUUGCUUGCUUCCAUCCUUUUGCUGGAGGAGGUCUUGUUUAUGGGACCAAGGAAGGAAAGCUUAGGCUCCUUCAGUACGACAGAGCUCCGGAUGCAAACUGCGGUGGACCAAAUUAUUUUACUGCAGAAAACAUGGAAGAGGUAGACUAGUAAGGUGGAGACAUAUGCUUUAGAAUGCUAGACAUUAGUGAUCUACUUCAAAGGAAGCUGUAUAACAUUACCGGCCUAAUGAUAUAAAUCAAAACUGAAGUAUGAUUGAUAGUGGUAGAUCAAUAAAAAGUAUGAGGAUUAGCGAGUGAUUAGGCUUAUGGUUUGCUGCCCCAAGAUUUGGGUGUUUAUUUCCAAGGUAUCUCUACUAGGUGGAAACUCUUGAAUUCCAGCUUCUAAAAUACGUAGGGGAUCCCAGUUUUGAAGUCAGAGCUGGUGCAAUGCAGCUUCAGGGCCACAACUGGGUUAAAAGAAGUUUGAGAACAGUUAUUUUGCUGGUUUCUUCAGUCCAGCACAUCAGAUGUUCGUAGAAAAGCUGUGAAUUUAUUAUUGGCGUUGGGAAAAGUAUCAAACGCUGAUUAUGAUGAGCAGACCAUUUGUGUUGAUACUUAACAGGAGUUUUUGGCUGCUGCAAUGCAAUUAUGUGUUUUUAAGACCUUCCAUUCCACCACCGGUAAUCUGCAGAAUCGUGCUCUUGAGUAUAUCUGUGCCAGAAUGUACAAGAAUAUAUGCCUCAGUAGUAUUAUUCUAACACAAGCUUUUUAUCUUUCUUUCGAUUUUUCUUUUUCUUUUUCUUUUUAAUUAGAACUGUUGUUUAAUCUAUACCUUCUCUUUGUAAGUAGUAUUACUAUUACCAUACAGCAUUAACUUUCUUUUGGUGCUAAUUGAUGAUACAUCCACUCAUGCAAUACUGCAUUGAA